AUGAGUGCUUCAUAUGCGCGACUCGCGUCCACCGGAGCCAGACUCCCAGGACUCGCAUCGUGGCCCCGCACAGGCUCGCGGUCCAAUGCCACCAGUUGUUGCAAGAGUGUCAUAUCCGGACAACGGAGCAUACAGACAUUUAGGCGCCCCGACGUGCGAAGUCAUGUAACCGAUCAAUCCAUUUAUGCUCAAGCGGGAUACCGGAAAUAUAGCCUGGGCAGCAAGGGAAAGGUGCCGCCUUUUGCCUUUGCAUUUGACAUUGACGGUGUCUUGCUUCACGUCGCAAAGCCCAUUCCAGGGGCCACGGAGACGCUCAAGUAUCUCCAGAAGAACAACAUCCCAUUCAUCCUACUGACCAAUGGUGGAGGAAAACAUGAGAAGGAUCGCGUUGCCCAGCUCAGCGAGAAGCUUGACGUUGAACUGUCGACGGAUAAUUUUGUGCAGUCGCAUACGCCGUUCCAGGAGCUUGUGCACGGCAACGAGGGACUCGGGGACAAGAAUAUCCUCAUCACGGGCUCGGACGCAGCCAAGUCGCGGACCAUUGCCGAGGCGUAUGGGUUCAAGAACGUCAUUACCCCGGCAGAUAUUCUGACCGCUCACCCGACCAUUUGGCCGUUUGAGCCGCUAAUGGAGGAAUUGUACGCUGCGACCUCACGGCCUUUGCCCACGGCGCAGCCAAAAAUUGACGCCAUGUUUGUGUUCAACGACCCGCGCGAUUGGGCUUUAGACAUUCAAAUCAUUACGGAUCUGCUCCUCUCGGAGAAGGGUGUGCUCGGGACUUAUUCGCCCAAGAACGGCCAGGCCAGUCUUCCCAACGGCGGCUGGCAGAGUGAUGGCCAACCUCCUCUGUUCUUCUCAAACCCGGAUCUAUUUUGGAGUGCAGCUUAUCAUCACCCACGUUUUGGCCAGGGAGCUUUCCAGGCCGCCAUGGCAGGCAUCUGGCGGGAGAUCACAAACGGCGAAGAGCUGCAGCGUACCGUCAUUGGCAAGCCCUAUAAACAGACCUACCGAUACGCAGAGCGUGUGCUAAAUAGCCAUCGUGCGCAAGUGCUGGGUCAAAGCAGCAUAGAGCCACUGGGCAGGGUCUACAUGGUGGGCGACAAUCCCGAAAGCGAUAUCAGGGGCGCCAAUGACUUUAAAAGUCCUGAUGGCACGAGUUGGGAGUCGGUCUUGGUGCGGACUGGCGUCUGGAGCGCUGAACGAGGCGAGCCCAGACAUCGCCCAAAGAUGAUUGUUGAUGAUGUCGCCGCGGCAGUGGAUUGGGCACUCAAGCAGGAGGGGUGGCGGUAA